AAGAAUUCUUGCUGCUGUGAUCUUUUGAAAUGCUCCAUUGUCCAAAGAUAUAUUUAUACGCGAUGCAAAACAAGUCAUACGUAUUAUUUUGAUAGUUGAUUCUCAUCAGACGAAGCAAAAACGUUUAAGAAGUGGAACAAGCACUGAAAUUAUUCACGUCGGGGAAACAUUGUGUUUAGUGGCCUAAGAAACGUGUUGCAUAUUGCUCACUAAAAAGCUGAGGGCAACAACGGGUCAUGGUUUUAAGCCAAAACAUUUUUUUAGUUUUGAUCUUUCUUGCAUGCCACUGAAAUGGAUCAAGGCAAAUUAUUUACAAAAGAAAGUGACAUUAAAGAUUCCUCCUUUUUGGAAAGUGAUGCCAAAAAUCCAAAUGCCCAAAGUGAUGCCAAAGAGUCAGAAGAUAAUCUGGAGGAAAGGCGAGCUCGUAAAGGAUCCUGCUUUGGAUUUCUAGGAUCCUGCUUUCUAUUUGUAGGAAUGUGUUGUCAAUGUUGUGCAAAUAGUAACGAUGAUGAUGAAGCUUCAAAAAUAACAGAAACUUCUGAAAGUCAUAUGAAUGACAAUCGCGGUUUUGAAGACAGCGAUGUAAUAUCUUCAUCAGUUUCCCAUAAUGAUGAACUUGAAAAAGUAGACCAAUCUUCAUCUUCUAGUACAAUAAAGCAACAUACAAAACGAGGGGGUGUUUUUCCAAAUAUCACGUCUUUAGAAAGUGAUGACGAAAGUAAAAUGAGAGCAUUUGAAGAUGUUAACGUUGCCAAAAGUGCUGUGCCUUCUAAAUCGGAAGCUGAUAGUAACGAUGAUGAUGAAGCUUCAAAAAUAACAGAAACUUUUGUAGGUCAUACGAAUGAUAAUCACGCUUUUGAAAUCGGCGAUGCAAUGCCUUCAUCAGAUUCGAAAAAAAGGGAACCUUCUGUAUGUCAGUUGAAUGAUAACGACAGUUUGGAAGACAGUGAUGCAAUGCCUUCAUCAGAUUCGAAAAAAAGGGAACCUUCUGUAUGUCAGUUGAAUGAUAACGACAGUUUGGAAGACAGUGAUGCAAUGCCUUCAUCAGCUUCGAAAAUGGCAGAAACUUCUGUAGGUCAAUUGAAGGAUAACGACAGUUUGGAAGACAGUGAUGCAAUGCCUUUAUCAGCUUCGAAAAUGGCAGAAACUUCUGUAGGUCAAUUGAAGGAUAACGACAGUUUGGAAGACAGUGAUGCAAUGCCUUUAUCAGAGCAACAUACAAAACGAGGGGGUGUUUUUCCAAAUAUCACGUCUUUAGAAAGUGAUGACGAAAGUAAAAUGAGAGCAUUUGAAGAUGUUAACGUUGCCAAAAGUGCUGUGCCUUCUAAAUCGGAAGCUGCUUCGAAAAUAAAGGAACCUUCUGUACGUCAGCCGAAUGUUAAUGACAGUUUGAAAGACAGCUAUGCAAUGCCUUCAUCAGUUCUAGAAUUGUUGCGUCAACCAUGGAAAUGUUCUGAUAAAUCAAUAAUGCAUCAGGAAAAGUUUAAAAAGAUGGAGGAAUAUACACGCAAACAUCCAGAAAAAGUUACACCGCUCAGUGGAUUGCGUGUUAUUUGUUCUGAAGAGUUUUUGCUUGGCAAGGGAAGUGAUGGAACCCGUGUUUACCUUGCCCUGGGAAAUGAUGGUUAUGGAAAAGCAGUAAAGCGAAUACACAAAGAUAGCGGCAAAGACUAUGCAAAUCGAGAAAAAGAAACUUUGAAUGAGCUUAAUGCAAAGCGAUCAAAUUAUGUUGUGAAUAUUUGGCAUUUAGAAGAGAACCUUGACGAAGAAUAUUUGUACAUGAUAUUAGAUUUGUGUGAAGAAUCGUUAGAGGAUUAUGUGAAAUCUUCUUCUUUGCAAGAUCUUCAAAAAGUCGUUCCUAAAAUUCUUAUUCAGAUCUUAAAUGGUCUAGCUCACCUUCAUAGCGGUGAUCGUCCUAUUCUUCAUCGGGAUUUGAGACCAUCAAACGUUCUUCGAGAUGUACAAGGAAAUUUUUUAAUUGCUGACUUUGGUAUUAGUCAUAUUUUAUGCAAUGGAGCUGUGACACAUCAAAGCAUACAGAGAGGAGCUAAAAAUUGGAUAGCUCCAGAGUCAUAUAACGCAUCAGAUAAUACAUUUAAUAAAGUUCGUUACAAAAAAGAGUCUGACAUUAUGAAUGCCGGAAUGGUGGCUUAUUAUGUUGCAACAAAGGGAAAACAUCCUUUUGGAGAUGAACGGCAUAGAUUGGACAACAUUUUGAAAGGAAACCCAGUUGGCUUGGACGAAAUCAAGGAUGCGACGUUCAAAGACCUUUUAUCGUUGAUGCUACAGCUAGAACCUAAAGACAGGCCAUCUGCCAAUGAGGCGUUAAAACAUCCUUAUCUACAAUCAGACGAAGAGAAAUUUAACAUGCUGUGUGAUAUGGGGAAGCAACUGGAGGUGAAACAUUCACAAGGUCAAAAUUCUCCCACUUCAGACGUUCAUACGCAGUUGCAUGGUUCCACAGAAUGGAUGAAGCGUAUGGAUGAUGAAGUCGUCAAAGAUUUGAUCAACUUUGAUGUAAACGACAGUAUAAGAACCCUUAUGUACGAGUCUACAUGGGCAGGAUGCUUAAUAUUCUUACGAAACGUUGACCAACAAUGGCAAAAUAAACCUCUUCCUUAUCUAUCACAAUAUGUGAAGCAAGGCAAUUAUAAAGAGUACUUCCUGCAAGUUUUCCCGGAGCUUCCUCUUCUGGUGCACAAAGUCAUUAGGUCUACUCACAAGAAAACUAAACCUGAUCACAAGAAUAAUUAAGAACAUCAUGCAUUUGUUCAGGAUUUGUUUACACUAUCUAAUCAUAAGUUUUAUUGUCUCGCUUUUAAAUUUAAUGACUUUUCAUUUAAACAUUUUCUCAUUUGAUACUGAAGUCAUAUAAUUAAUUAUGUAAUAUAUACUGUGAAAAAUUGUAAUCUCUGCAAAUGGAUAGGAUUACUUAAAAAUGUAUAAUGGGACUUAAAAUAUUACUAAUUCGAAUGUAUAGUCAUGUAGUGGCAAUGUAUCCCUCGCAAUACAUGGCAUUCAUCUUGUUAAAUGAAUUAAAAUUGUAUGUUCGUCA